AUGGCUCGUGUCGAGUGGUUUUCAGGCUCUCCCAUAGCCGUCACACCACCUCUGUCAGUAUCUAUAUCUACUCCUGCAUCUCCUACAUCUAUCCCGUCUCCUUUGAUCUCUCCACUUGCUGUAGAAGUCGCGUUAUUAAGCUCUCAAGAUGAUCAAGUACCUUCUCCAGGUGGGCCUGAUUCCAUGGACUAUAAAACUGUAACUUUUACAGUAUCUCCGCCUCCAUUAGACCGUCGAGGGUCUCGUGGUUUGAAUCGGCCUAUAUUUUCUGAGCGUCAACGCUUUACGCCCACUGCAGACAAGUUGGUGCUGGUGAUGGUGGGACUCCCAGCCCGUGGCAAAUCGUUUAUUGCAAAAAAGUUGUGGAAAUUCUUUUGCUGGAAAGGCUUAAAGUGCCAAGUGUUUAAUGUAGGUCAAUUACGUCGAGCUACAAGCUCAGGAGCUAAACAGGACCAUUCAUUCUUUGAUCCAACCAAUACUCAAGCAAAAGAGGAAAGAGAAAGACUUGCUUUCGAGUCUUUAAAACAGGUCCAACGUUGGCUUAUCGGAGAAGACGGAGAGAGAGGAGGAGAUGUGGCAGUGUUUGAUGCUACGAACACGACGAAGAUGAGGAGGAAAAUGCUGCGAGACAUGUUUCAUGCUUUUGCAGAUCAGCACAAGACCAGUGUCCAUGUGGUUUUUGUUGAAAGCAUAUGCACCAGUGACGCAGUGAUCAAUGCGAACAUUAAGCAGAAGGUCGAAAGCAGCCCAGAUUAUCGCAGUAUGCCCAAAGAAGAAGCUUUUGCAGACUUGAAACAGAGACUGAAGAACUAUGAGGCUGCCUAUGAAGCACUGGAAGAUGAAGAGGACUGCAGCUACAUCAAAUUGUUCGACAUGCAGUCCAAAGUUCAUGCCAAAGGCAUUUACGGACAUGUGGCCAAGUCCAUUUUGCCAUACAUGAUGAGUUUCCAUAUUGAACAUCGACCGAUUUGGCUCGUGCGGGCUGGACACUGUACUGAAGUGAAACGGGACUUUCGUGACAUUAUCAAAGACCCAUGUGUAGCGCCUCGGUCUGCGCAUUUGAGUCCACUUGGAGUGGACUUUGCGUACCGUCUUGGCGUGUUUGUGAAGCAGCGAACGGUGGUGUGGAUGGAGAAUGAAGGCAUUACUUCGGAAGAUAGCUCGACGGAAUGUCUCGUCAUGACAUCUACGCUGCCACGAGCUGUACAAACUGCAGAUUUUCUUCCGAGCGGCAAGCGAAUGCAAAUGGCAACUUUGAAUCCACUGGAUAAGGGUGAGUGCUAUGGAAUGACAAUGGAUCAGAUGAAGGAGGCAAUGCCGGAAGCGUUUGCUGCGUACGAAAAGGACCCGUGGCGUACCCGUUUCCCGGGUGGCGAGUCUUACCAGGACUUGAUGCUGCGUCUGGAGCCACUUCUCAUCGACAUUGAACAGCAUACAGGGCCAGUGCUUGUGGUGUCUCACAUUUCCACAUUACAAGUGCUUUACUCGUACUUUUUAGGCGUGCCCAUUGAAAGCUGCCCAGAUCUGGAAAUUCCGUUUCACUCGGUGCUGGAGCUCGUGCCAAACCAGGAUGGCUGGACUAAAACUGUAUUUAACAUGCGUGCAUAA